GCGAGUUUGUUUUUCAGUAAAAUGGCAGAAGCAAAUAUUUUAGGACUUCAGGAUCAGUUCAGCUGUUCAAUCUGUCUGGAUCUAUUCAAGGAUCCUGUAGGUCUUUUAUGUGGACACAGUUUCUGUAUGGUCUGCAUUAAUGGCUGCUGGGAUCAGGAGGAUCAGCAGGGAGUCUAUAGCUGUCCUCAGUGUAGACAAACCUUCACUCCAAGACCUGCUGUGAGUAAAAACAGUGUUCUGGCUGAAGUAGUGGAGACGCUGAAGAAGACAGGACUCCAGGCUACACGUCCUGCUCAGUCUACAGCUGGAUCUGAAGAUGUGGAGUGUGAUUUUUGCAUUGAGAAUAAAUCCAAAGCCAUCAAGUCCUGCCUGGUGUGUCUGGCCUCUUUCUGUGAAACUCAUCUCCAGCCUCACUAUAAAUCUCCUGCCUUUAAGAAGCACAAGCUGGUGGAAGCCUCCAGCCGACUCCAGGAGCAGAUCUGCUCUCAGCAUGACAAACUGCUGGAGGUUUACUGUCGCACUGACCAGCAGUGUAUCUGCAUGUUGUGUACCAUGGAUGAACAUAAAGGACAUGAUACAGUAUCAGCUGCAACAGGAAAAGCUGAGAAACAGAAACAGUUCUCUGAGGUGCAGGAAACAUUCCAGCAGAAAAUCCAGGAGAGAGAGCAGAAGCUUCAGGAGCUAACAAAGGCUGUGGAGUCUCACAAGAGCUCUGCACAGACAGCAGUUCAGGAAACUAAGAAGCUCUUUGCUGAGCUGAUCAAAUCCAUUGAGAAAAGAUGCUCUGAGGUGACAGCACUGAUCAGAGCUCAGGAGAAAGCUGCAGUGAGUCAAAGUGAAGAAAUCAUGAAGAAACUGGAGCAGGAGAUUGCAGAGCUGAAGAAGAGAGCAGCUGGGAUGAAGGAGCUUUUACACACUGACGAUCCCAUCCAGUACCUCCAGAGUUUUCAGUCUCUCGUAACCCCUCCUGGAGCUACAGAUUUAUCCACCAUCGUGGUCAGUUCUUUCUUCUCUUUUGAUGAUGCAGUAAAGUCUGUGUCUGAGUCGAAAGUGAAGAUAGAAGCAUGCUUUGAAGAGCAGUUUAAGAAGAUAUCAAGUGAAGUGAAGAAAACCUUGAUCCUGUCACCCCAAAGCAGAGAGGAAUUCCUACAAUAUUACUGUCAACUCACACUGGAUCCCAACACAGCAAAUAAACGCAUCCAACUGUCUGAUUCGAACAGAAAGGCGACUGACAGAGAUGUCCCGUCACAAAGUUUUUGGGAUUGUGAUGAUUAUAAUUAUGGUUAUGCUCAAAGGAGUUAUGAACAUCCAGAGAGCUUUAACUGUAACUCCCAGGUGUUGUGUAGUGAGAGUGUGUCUGGAUGCUGUUACUGGGAGGUGGAGUGGAGCGGGAAAAAUGGGGUUAAUAUAGCAGUGUCAUAUAAAAACAUCAGCAGGAAGGGAAGCGGUAAUGAAUGUCGGUUUGGACGUAACAAAAACUCCUGGAGUUUGCUGUGCCAAUCAUGUAAAUGCUCAUUCUUACACAACAACCAAGAAACUAAAAUCCCCAUAAACUCCACCACCUCUAGAAUAGGAGUUUAUGUGGAUCACAAGGCAGGAACUUUGUCUUUCUACAGCGUCUCUGACACGAUGAAGCUCCUCCACAGAGUUCACACUACAUUCACUCAGCCUCUUUACCCUGGAUUCUGGCUAAAUAACAAUUCAACAGUAAAACUGUGCCACCGAAAAUAGAUCAUUUUGGAUUAGUUUAGCACUGUAUGAUUGAUAUAACGAUCAAGCUAUGCUAUCUUUAAAAAUGGCAAGACAUUAAAAAAGCUGUCUUUUUGUUUAAAAUCUAUAUUCUCAAUUUGAUUAAAAAAAAUUACAGAGUGGAAAACUAAAUAAAAACAAUCAUAAAAUAUCAUGCUCACUAUCAUUGAAAAUUAAUUGUAUUAAAUUAGAAUGAAAAAGUAUAGUCGACUGUUUAUACCUAGCACUGUAUUGACUUUGUCUUUGCCUUACUUGAUUGAUUUAUCAUAUGUACAUAUAAUUAAUGCUGACAUAGUGAACGCUGCUACACAGCUACAGUCAUCAGGAAGUAAAAUAAGGAGCCCAAAGCAGCACCACAACUUGUACAUUAUCACACAAUUGAGGGAUUUCUGAGCUAAUAAAUACCGGCAUCUGUGUAAUCCAUGUCUGAGCAUCAAUGCUUUAUCGCUAACGCUGUUCAAACUUCAUCAUUUACAUUUUUCAAAAUAAUAAUUGUCAGUAGGUGCGUUUACAUGGACACUUUUUAAUCAGAUCGGACUGAAUUCAAUGAGAUUGACGAAUCCGAUUGCAGCGUUUACAUGAACGCGGUAUAAAGUAAUCAGAUUGUUAUGCGCGUUUACAUGACACAUGAUUAGAAUUGGAGUAGAUCUUUUGACAUGCGCACAGUCCACGAAAACAGGAUUCCCGCCGUUUUGCUUAGCGCCCGCCAUUUUACCUAUGACAACAUCCGUACGUCAUAUGUCAUUCUUGCGUCAUUGCACAUGCGCAGAACUUCCCAGGAACAUAUUCCAUCCGAUUAAGUGUUUACAUGUCCUCUCGAUCGGACUAAAAAUGGUUUAAACCACCCCUUACCAUACAAUUGAAAUUUUAAUCGGAUGUGGCAAAUUCCAUCCGAUUGACAUGUUUACAUGACACUUUUUUAAUCUGAUUGUGCUUCUAGUCCUGAUACGAUCGGAUUACAAGUGUCCGUGUAAACGCACCUAAUGUUAUUUUCUAUUUUCAUUGUUAUACUUUUAAGAAUCCAUUAGUAACUCAUUUUACUAUCACUAUAAUUAUCACCAUACAUGUUUUGAUUAUUUAAAUACAAAGCAAGCUUUUUUUUAGUUUGAUUAAAUAUCAUUCUCUGGUAUAUCCUACAGGGUUUCAGUGUGACUAGCUGUGAGUUUUGAUUUUUGCAGAAACACCUAUGAAACAUCUUAUGGAGAGAUUGGGCUGCUAUAUUUUCACCAUUUAGCUCCCAGUCAUGUUAAAAACUAAUUAGAAACACCAAGCUGCUCUGUAUUGUUCUGUUGGUUUUGCUUCUUUAUCUGUAUUUUUUUAAUCUUCUACAGCCUGAAACUGCUCAUUGUGUUUAAUAUCAGGUCUGGUAAACUAAUAUAACUCAAGAAAUUCCAGUAUUGCAGAUGUUGUUGUAUAAUGCAUUGGCAUCUUAUUUGUUGCUGAAAUGUACUUUACUAUAACCAGUAAACUUUACUAGCAUUGCAGAAUUGAUGCCUUCUCUCUGACUCCACUGUUAUUUUACAUAAUCCUCCAGUCUAGGGGAAGAGGAAGCAGCUUAAUGAGAAAAGAAAAAAAGUGCAAAAAAAUCAAAAAAAUCUUGGUACCAGUGAACCAAGAGCUUCAGAUCUUCAGGUAAAAAAAAAGAUUUACCUCAAAAGGCAAGCUUCAAAAAGGGCGUCAGGGCAGGACCAGGCCAAAAACAAUGAACAAAGUGUCAUAUCAUAUAGAACUUCAUAAAUAAAUAAAUACAUCUUACUCUAAUACAAAUAUCACAUACAAAUACUCAUAUACAGUCAUCCCUAACAUGAAUUAUUAAAGAAAAUAAUAAAAGAAAUUAUACUUGUGGAUGUCACAAUUACGACUAAUUUGACACCCCUAAGGACUGUCACAUUAUGUUGAUGUAAGAUUUUUCUUUUUACAUUAGGAUUUUUCACACAGCUUCUGCUUUGAAAAUUCUGCUGGAGUGCACUUGAAAUAAUCAAUACAGAAUAUAUUUGCUUUUAAAUGUUUUAAUUCUAUGAAAAUUCUAUUUAUUUUAUAAAAAUAAAUCAUUGAGACCUUUUGUCCCUCCCAAUAUUACUCAGAAACAUAUAAGUCAUACUCUAAUCAGGCCUGGAGGUCAAAGCCGGAUAGUAAGGGUGAGGUUUAAUUAAUUGUUUUAUUUAUUUAUUUUGAUGUAAUUUUACUAAACACUAUGUAUUACAUUCAGUGGUA